AUGGCGUCGUUGUGCAUCAUUCUGGUGUGUUUUACCCUCGUCAAUUCAGCUUUAUCCGCUAAAAUUGCGGGUUUCAGUUUCGUGUCGUCAGGAUCUCACUACUUUGUUAUAAGAAACACUUUAGAGGAGCUAGCCUCGCGAGGUCACGAGGUAAAAAACGUUUUUUAUGAGACAACAUACAUUGUCAAAUUUUGAAAAAUCACUGGUCGCACAAGCAUACUACCAUAGUUUUACUUAAAUGACCUUAAAUGAUCUGAACCAGUUUGUUUAAGUGGGUUUAACCCUUCGAAAGGCUCGAUCAAUGUUAAAGUUUAAUCUGAACAUAUGUCAGUCUUAAUUAAUCUGCAUUGCUAAUUAUUCAACUGAUCAUUCAUUCGUAUAAUAUCGAAUAAUGAUUGAGUUUUGUUUGCUCGAUCUAGUAAUUGUUAUUGUUGCCAAAAUCUUCAGUAUUUUGUUUCAUUUACCUUUUCCAUAUUGUGCCAAAAAUAACACGAGGGAGGGGUGGCGGGUACUUCUGGGAAUUCUUGGUCGGGGUGUGCCGCCCGGUUCUCCAAAUCCUGACCGAUGACCAUAAGCUUAUUUCAGGCCAAAAAUGUCAUUUUUCACACCCGUUUUCGAGAGAGGGAUAGAAAGCAACGCGCGAGUGCCUUUGUGGCAAGGAUUAAAAUUUAUCGCAGUCAGUUUUAAGCUUUGUAAAAUUGUGCAGGGACAAAAGAAACUCCAAUCCAAUCUCCAAUCGUUACUUAACAACGAACGUUGGAAAGUCCUUGAAGCUCUUCGAAAUAUCUUCGUUAAAUCACCACAAACGGCACGAAAAUCGCGAGACGGCCGAUUAUCUCGGGCUCUCGAUGUGCGAGGUUAUUUUUAGAACUAUUAACCAUUUUAUUAUUCUGAUUUUUUUCGACUAAGGUUGCAAUGGUCGUGUCCUCAGACAGGCAAAGCAAACGCGGCGACAAAAUCCCUCAUAAGAAGUUUCAAGUGCCCUUCAAACCCGGCUUCAUCGAAGAAACUUUGAUAAGACCUGCACUGGAAGGAAACAAACAUAUGAUAGGAUGGAACGCGUAUAAGCUUCACCUGACAAUGUGCGAAAGUCUUCUUAACAGCACAGAACUUCUUGAAGAGCUAAAGGAUUUUGAUCUUAUUGUAUACGACUCGUUUGAUCCAUGUGCAGUUCUGCUAAGCGGUCUUUUAAGGCUUCCGAAAGUAGCAAUCUCAAUCCCCGGGGGGGGCACUUUAGGAAUUUCUGGGUGGGGAUGUGCCGCUGGGAGCCUGGAACCCUUAACCUUUACCAGAGCUAGUUCAGCUGAAUUUUGAUCUUCCCCCUUCCUAGAGUAGCUGUGUACCUAGUCUAGAUUUCAACCAACUGAUCAGUUUCUGUUAUUCUAGAGCCAAACGCUCUGAUUUAUAUACCCUAUCCUAAAACUGCUUGAAAACCAUACCCUUCAAUCACACCGCCGAAUAACCCUUUUUCUAUUUUCCAUAUGGUUCCUAUGCCUUUGUCGUACGUACCAAUACAUCAAUCUGGAUAUUCAAGCAACAUGACUUUCAUACAGCGGGCUGUGAAUGUAGUUUCCUAUUGUCUAAUGCAAGCUCUAUUCAAGAUUCUCUAUGUUCGUUCAUAUGAUGCGCUGAUGGCUAAGUUUAAUAUCAGUGCGGAAAGAAGCUUUAGGGAAAGUUUUGGUAACGCCGAACUGGUGAUUUUCUUAGCGGAUUUUGCCAUGGAGUAUCCACAGCCUCUUCUACCAGGUGGGUUUGAUGCGCCUCAAAGACGUACACCACUUAUCAAGUGUGUUUGUACCCUGCGAGCAGAGGCCCUUUGGUCUUCCUAGAUAAGUCGGGAAGAGGAGGAAGGGAUUUAUCUAGGAAGAUCGAAGGGCCUCUGCUCGUAGGGUAGUGUAUUUGUGGUCUCCCAGACUUUAUCGCAAUGACUCCAGUCCGCUUACUUUCUCAGAUGUUGGCAUUUUUUUUAAAGUUGAAUUGUCAGGGAACGCAUCCAAGUUUAAAAAGAAAAAGGAAAUUCUUCUUCGUACGUUCACUUCCACCAGUAGUCGUGCAGCGAAGACAAAAAAUGUAUACUCUGCGUAGCAGGCGCAAAAAAGGAGAGAGGAGAGGGAAAAACCGAAAGAAACCAGGGGGAGAGGGAGAAUUUUCUUUUCUUCCCAUUCCCUUCUCUUUUUGUCCGUCCCUCCCCCUCCCUUUUCGACGCCUUAACUUACUUUGCCUUUCACUUUUACAGUUACUCGAACGACCAUAGUCACAAAACUGAAUGUUAGAUAAGCCAAAAGGGAGUUAUUUGACAAUUAUGGUGCAUGAAAAGUUUUGAUCCUAGAACAUUGAGCGCAACACGUCAUGUUUAAUAUAUAUAUUUACCUCAAUAAAAUUUUUUUGUGUACUUAUUUUUAGGUAACAUAAUGGUUGGUCCGAUCACUGUGAAAAAACCAAAGCCGCUCCCCCCUGAUUUCGAAGAAUUUAUCCGCGAUUCAGGAGGGCAUGGCUUUAUCGUGGUGUCGUUUGGGUCUUAUGUAGAAUCGGUUCUAAAUAAAGAAAAGCUAGAUAUGCUGGCUACGGUGUUUGGAAAGUUAAAGCAAAGAGUGCUUUGGAGGCUAAAAGGUAGGAAAAUAGUGCUUCUAAAGAAAUCACAUUUACAUUGAAACAUAAGACAAUCCUUUAUUAUGAUUUCUUAGAUUAUGUUCCCCCGUCUCUAAGUCCAAAAAUCAAAGUAGUGGAGUGGUUACCUCAGAAUGAUCUUCUGGGCCACAAGGACAUCAAAGCGUUUGUCUCCCAUGCGGGACAUAACAGUGUGUACGAGUCUGCUUAUCAUGGGGUCCCUGUGGUAGCAGUUCCGCUGUUUGCAGAUCAGUUCGCAAAUGCCAAGAAAGUGGAACAAUUUGGACUAGGAAUCGCUGUCGAUCAUGAAACAGUGGAUGCCCAUCAGUUAUUCAAGACAAUUGAACGCGUUGCUACAGAACCGAGGUAAACGAAUGUACUUUAAAUGUUUUACAAUGUUCUUUAAAGUACUACUUUUCAGCAGGCUCCGGUUUUCAGUUAGUUGCGUGGCGCAGAUUGUUUUUUGCCCCAAUCACAUCAUAGAUCUUAACAUUCGAAUCAGUAGUCACAUUGAACUUAACCUGAGAUCAGGCUCUAUUUCCGUUUCGCUUUAAAAAUUACAUUCCGGCGGGCAAGGCAACGGUAGCCGUUAGAGAGAAUGUAUGAGAACCGCUAAAAUUGGGCCUGAUCUCAGGUUACCGUGAACUAAAAAUGGGCGUCCGCUGCGACGAAAUCAGGAAAGAGCAAGACUACGCUCUACUGAUUUUGGACUUGCUUUCGAUUAGCCGGUGUCGCCUUAAACCUUCUGUAUACAAAUGGUUUAAACGCAUGCUAUCUUCCGAUAGGAGUCAUAACUGUUUGCAGACAUUGUUUUUGUAACGAGUGAAACAAAAGAAUCUUUUGUUUCAAGAACCAGUGCGCUUGUGUUCGGCACAUUAAUAUCAGCGUGAGUAUCGCUAUAUGGUUAAGAAAGUGGCGCGAACUAUUUUUCGUUCACUCACAUAAUAGAGGUUCACGAAGGCGAUGAGAAAAGCGCGGGAAAACUGCCGCUGCCAGAAAGAGCAUUAUUGGUGUUGGUCUCUCUCCUGACUGUGACGCAAAAACUUGUUACAGCCAAUCGCGAAGCAUUGGAGAAAACAAAGGGAAUCGAGAAAUUCCUUUGGUAAAAAUGACGCGACCCAAAUACUAUUCAAGUUCGACAUCGCGUUGUCUCAGAGGGGUUUGAUCUGUAAAAGCAGCAGACCAUUGAAGCGGAGUAUGCAAAUCAAUGUCCGCGACGCAGACAUAGGAUAGUAGAUUUUUAUUGGCAGCUAAGGGUAGCUGUUUCGUCCUGGAAAACAACAACUUACUUAGCCCGCUGAAAUUAUUGUUUCAGAUAUAAGAUUAAAGCCGUGCGAAUAUCUCGGCUGAUGCAAGACAAGCCACGGACCCCAUUAGAAACAACUUGUGAUUGGAUAGAGUAUGUGAUCAGACAUGGUGGAGCCCGCCAUCUCAGAGCUCAAGUGUUUAACAUCCCUUGGUAUCAGUAUUACCUACUUGACGUCAUAGCUUUUCUUGUUGCCAUAGUUACAUUGGUUGUCAAGAUGGUAAGGUUGACAUGCAGACUCAUAUGUCGACUGUGUUGUGAGAAGAGUAGAAACAAAGCCAAGAAAGAGUAA